AUGAACGGCUCGCAGGCGGACGUCACAGCCCGGGCCGCCUGGCUCAGCUCCUGUUGCAACCAGUCGGGGGUGCUGCCGGAGCCCCGCGAGGGGCCGCGCGCCGUGCAGGCGGCGGUGCUGGGCGUGCUGUCGCUGCUCGUGCUCUGCGGGCUCCUGUUCCUGGGCGCCGGCCUACUGCUUCGCGCCCAGGGUUUGACGGCGCUGCUGGCCCGAGAGCUGCGCGCGUCCCGGGAGGGAGAGCCCGGCGGCGCCAGUGGCGGCGAGGAUGACUCGUAG